AUGGAGGCGUGGUUCGCCGACCUCGCACGCUGGGUGCGCCGCCAUGAGGCGGCGCUCGCCAGCGACGCGUCGACCACGACGCUGCAGAUCGACCUGUCGCACCUGCACUACCUGCUCGUGCGCUGCGAGGGCCUCGGGCGCGACGUCGGGCCGCUCGAUCUCGAAGUCGCGCCCCCGCGCCCCGUCGCGCGCCCCGCCGACGAGACGCGCAGCCUGUUCUCGAUCCAGGACACACUGCACAGCCUCUCGACGUGGUGGGGGCCGAGCGACGCGCCCGACGACCGCGUGUUCCGCUACCUGCACACGCAGUGCAUGCGCGUCCGCCGCCUGCGCCUCACGCCGGCCACGGGCGCGCCGGGCCUCGCGGACUUUCCCGGCGCACACGCCACGCCGCUGCACACGUUCAAGUCGCUGACGCACCUCACGCUCGACGGCGUCCCGCCGGCGGCCGUCGUCGGGUGGGACCGCCUGUGCGUGCAGCUGACGCACCUGACCGCGCUGCACACCGGCGUGCCGGACAUGGCCGACGUGUUUGUCGACCUCGUGCGCCGCGACACACGCCGUGACUCGCUCCCUGCGGCGGCGUGGCACGCGCUCCGGCACGUCGCGCUGCCGCACAACGAGCUCACGUUCCUCUCGUCCGACGCCCUCGACGCCCUACCGGCGCUCGCGCACCUCGACGUGAGCCACAACCUGCUCAACGCCGUGCCGCCCGCCCUCGACUCGGCGCCGCAUCUCCAGUCGCUCAGCGUCGCGGACAACCUGAUCGAUAGCGUGCUCGGCAUCUACCACACGCUCCCCCACAUCCGCGCGCUCGACUUGCGUGGCAACCGCGUGGACAGCCUCUGUGGCGUCGAGCGCCUCGCGCGCCUCGCGCAGCUGGACCUGCGCGACAACCUCGUGGCGGACGUGCGCGAGGUCGGGCGCCUCGCGACGCUGCCGCAUCUCUCGCACGUGUGGAUCGCCGGCAACCCCGUGCUGCGCGCCGAGCCCGAUGCGCGCGUCGCGUGCCUCGCCGAAUUUGCGCUCGAGCGCCACGCCGUCGUCCUCGACGACGCCGCGCCGAGCUUCUGGGAGCGCCGGCGCCUUGCCGAGCGCCUCUCGCACCAGGUCCCUGCCGGCGCGUCGCGCGGCGGCGAGCUGUCCGCGUACCGCGAGCGCAUCGAGCAGCUGCGCUCGCGGCAGGGCGACGACUGGCUGCGCACCGUCGCGCGCAGCGAGCUCGGCGAGGACGCGAGUGCGUUUCCGGUGCAUGCCGUCGUGGAGGUCGCGCCGAUCGAGUCGUUCCCGUGGCCGGUGCGCUCGUUCGUGCGCGUCGUGUCGCACCCCGUGGGCGCUGCGGCGGUGAGUGCGGCGGCGCUCGGCGGCGGCGCCUUUCUGUGGUGGCGCUUUUUCCGGCGCAUCCCGUCCGCCGCGUACAUUACGCCCGCCGUGCUGCGCUCGCGGCGCAUGCUCGUGGGCCGCGUACGUACUUACUACUUACGCAGCGUGGGCGACGCGGAUGGCUUCCGUCUGUACCACACGCCGGGCCUGCCGCUCCUGCGCUCGUGGUGGCACCGUGUGCCGACGCAGGCGAGCGAGCUGCGGCGCGAGACCAUCUCGGUGCGCCUCGCGGGCGCCGACGCCCCUGAGGCCGCGCACUUUGGGCGCGAGGGCCAGCCCUUUGCGGACGAGGCGCGCGCCGAGCUGCGGCGCCUCAUCGAGGGCCGCACCGUGUGGCUCGACAUGGCGCACAUCGACCAGUACCAGCGGCUCGUCGGCGUCCCGUACGUGUGGCGCUGGCCGUACGUGUGGGGCCGCACGAACGUGUCGCUCGCGCUCGUGCGCCGCGGCCUCGCGACCGUGUACCGCAGCGCAGGCGCUGCGUACGGCUCGGCGGGGUGGCUCAGCCGCUGGCUCCUGCAUGCCUCGUCCGGCCGCGCGGCGUUUGAGCGCGCCGAGGAACACGCGCGGCGCUGCCGCCUGGGCAUGUGGAGCCUGGGCCGGAAGCUCGAGACGCCCGGCGCGUACAAGCACCGCAUGCGCUAG